CGUUCCUCUGUGUCCCGGCGCUGCGCUCGGCGCUCCGCUGCUCGGGCCUGCGGGAGCGGCGUGAGGGCGAUGCUCGGGGCCGGCGCCGCCUGAGGGCCGGGUCCGCUCGGGUCCCGGCGGGGCGGUGGCGGGGCGGCCGCCAUGGGGCUGGGAUCCAGCUCCGAGGGCCCCGGCGGCGGCGCCGAGGGCUUCCACGUGCACGGGGUUCAAGAAAACUCCCCAGCCCAACAAGGAGGACUGGAACCUUUCUUUGAUUUCAUCAUUGCCAUAGGACACACGAGGCUUAACAAGGAAAACAAUAUGUUGAAAGACCUGCUGAAGGCAAAUGCUGAGAAAGCAGUGAAGCUGGAGGUGUAUAACAUCAAAACAAUGAAAAUACGAGAGGUGGAGGUGAUCCCCAGUAACAUGUGGGGAGGACAAGGCCUCCUUGGAGCCAGUGUGAGGUUCUGCAGCUUCCAGGGAGCCAAUGAACACGUCUGGCAUGUUCUGGACGUUGAGCCUUCAUCUCCUGCAGCUCUGGCUGGUCUCCAGCCAUACACUGACUACGUUGUUGGAUCUGAUCAGAUUCUCCAGGAGUCAGAGGAUUUCUUUUCCCUGAUUGAAUCCCAUGAGGGGAAGCCGCUGAAGCUGAUGGUUUAUAACACUGAAGCAGAUUCCAUCCGAGAGGUAGUUGUGACUCCCAAUGGAGCUUGGGGUGGAGAAGGAAGUUUAGGAUGUGGUAUUGGAUAUGGCUAUUUGCACAGAAUUCCAACACAGUCCAUAACAUCAAAGAAAAAGCCAGAAAGCAAAUCACCUUCACCCUCGCCAGAAGCUGGAACUCCUGUGCCAUCCACUAAUGGUUACACAGAGACUCCAUUAUUGGCAGCUACCUCUCAGAAUGACAGCUCUGAAACAGUUAUGAACUUGGAUCAUGCCACAGAUCAAGAAAUAAGUGGUUAUUCACCAGAAAGCUCCCUUUCUCCUCCUCCCCCUCUCCAGAGAGUUAUGGAUCCAGGAUUUCUAGAUAUGUCUGGAAUUUCAGUUUCUGAGCUCACAAGCUUAACAGAAGUGUCCAGCCUGUCACCAUCUGCCUCCUUCAAUGUGCCAGCAGCAGCUGCUUCUGUAGGCCCUGAAACAUUAAUGUCAAAUAGUGAAGCCUCUGCUUAUUUUGAAAAUGCAUCAACAUUGGACAUUGAAGGUGUAACCCCAUAUCCUGAAGGAUCAGGGAAGCAGCCCACACUGGAUGACCUCCUGCCUUCAAUUCCAUCUUUACCUUCUCUUGAUCUUCCUCAUGACAUUUCUUCAAAAGCAACACUAGGAACUGAUGCUGAUAACCAGGAAUCCAAGCUGCUUGUGAACAGCACUGAGAGCUCAUUAACCACUGCUCCAGAGACACCAGAGGAUGAAGCAGCAAGUGAGCAGAAAGCAGAAGCAGCUGCGCAAGAUCCCGCGUGAAAUGGACCCUGCUGCUGUUUACAGACUGCUGAAUGCUGCACUGCUACAGCUUGGAAUAUUUUUCUGAUCUUGAAAGAAUUACAGUUAGUCUAUUUUGUUAGUGUAGACAAUACUAGAAAAGAAAUCACAUGAAGUACAUAUCCUGUUGUCUUUUCCAAUCACUGUUUAAUGGAUCUAUGUUCAGAAUUUUGAAUGCUGUCCAAAGUUACCAGCUCAAGGAAAAAAUUGAUGCAGAAACAAGGUGGACGCUGGCAGAACAUCAAGUUCUGGAAUUCACAUUUGCCUACAAGUGCUCCUGAAUGUAUUUACGAAGGCACUGUGCCUAAACAGUGACACUUAGUGAUGAUUUUUAUCAGUGUGUUUGAUGGCAUUAAAAAAAAAAUUAUAGUUUGGAUUUGUUAGAAAGCUUUUCUAAUGGUACACCUUGGUUAGACUGUUCUUGUGACUUGCAAGGCAUUUCUUAACACUAAGAUACUUUUAUUCCUAUUUGCUACUCUGCAGACUGUCUUGGUUUAAGUCCCUUCUGUGUAACAGUUACUCGUGUACCUCCUCCACACCUAUUCCAGCAGGGGUUGGAAGUUGCAGCCCCAAAUGGGACAAAGCCAUGGUGGUGGGUCCUGUCAUUCACUGCUCUUGAAGUGGACCAGGGUGGUGGCCUUGCAGUUAAAUAAACAAUGAGGGGGGAGGGAAUGAUGAUGGUUACUUGAAACAAAUUGAAGAUGAUUUUAACGUAGGGGUGAUGAACCUUCUUGGUGAAGAUUGAACGUCUUGGCUGUUGUAGUGACUGAGAAAUAGCUUUCCUUUGCUUGUGCUUUUCUAUUUACUCAUGACUAUUUUUAUACAAAUCACUCUAAGUUUAAGACAUGGGACUGUUGUGCAGCAUCAGAAAUUGGCUGUUGCAGCUUUUUUUGUUUGCACUUGUCUCCAAAUCGCUUCUGAAUGUAACGGCAAACAUGAACAAUGGAAGACAUGGGUGGUUUUAUAACCUUCAGGGCAGUGAUUUAGCAUGGAACUUCAAAGCUGAUGAUAGGGAGUAAUUCAGCUACUGUGGUGAAAAUCUGUAGUAAAUUAAGAGAUGGGGGUACAAGGCUGGGGGGCGUUUAGCACAAUAUUGCCUGAUUGCCUUUUCCCUGCCGUGGCUCCUGCUGUGUUUCUGCACUGUGCAGAUCAGUGACAGCUGCCUGGCCUGAAAUCUGGUACCGAUGCAGGGAUGGGACUCCAGAUCCCCCAGAUUUGCCUGUGACAGCUCAGCUUCAGCCAAAGGGUGCGGGCAAAGUUACAGCACACGAGGGCCUCAGAUCAGUCCACCCUGACAAAAAAUGUGUCCUUGAUCUGUUGUUAGUCUGAAAUACUGCAAGUACAGUAGUUCUGAACAGGAUUGUCGAAGUACCUGUUGCUUCAGAGAAUGUAUUAAGCUCUAACUAAAGGCAGUAGAAUUGACAGUGGAUUCUAGUCUGCUAAAGGGUCUGUUAAUUGUGACCCAAUUUUAUUUCCUGUAUUGCUAAAAUAAAUUUCCUCUUUUGUUCCCCCAGCUGACUGUUACAAGGGUGAACAGCUAAACACUAAAAUUAAAUGUAAUUUAAACUAAUCCUAGGUUUGUUUGAUCUUGGAGCCUGAUGCCUGAAGACACCUAGGUGGUUUUUUAUUCAUGUUGUUUAUUUAGGACUGUUUCUAGUCUUACACCUUUCUCAAAAAUGGCUAUGAGAGGGUAAUAGCUCAUUUAAGUGACUCUGUACUCCAAACAGCUGUUAGAAAUCUAAGAGCAGGGAAUGUCAAAACUCAUGCUAGAUUUCAAAUGUCACCAUAAUAAAUGGCUUAAACUUA